UUGGGCGGAAGUUGUGUUUCUACCUUUAGAGGUAUGCAUAGAUGGAUGCAGUGGGAAGGAAAACGCUGCUGGUCCGGCAUUUGCCGACUGAGCUCAGUCUGCAGGAGCAGAGGGAGCUGCUGGAGAAGAGCGGAGCGGCCAGUGUGCGCCUGUGUUCCGGGAGGACGAGGGGGAACUUGAAGCAUGUGGCUUUUGCAACGUAUCCAAAUGAAUAUGCUGCUGCAAAGGCUCUUUCAGUACUUCACCAGCUCACAGUGUUAGGUCACACACUUGUGGUUGAAUAUGCUAAGGAGAACCUUGUUCACUUACCAGACCAGCCAUCUUUCUCUGAAAAAAAGAAAAGUGGGGACAAAGCAGAUGAAUGUAAAGACUCAAAGCUCCCAAGCCAGGUUUCCAUUGAGAAGGGAAUAGCACCAAAUCAUGGGCUAGUAUUCCCAAUAAAAUCCACCCUGAAGAUCUUAUAUCCUCCUCCUAAAAGCACAGUUUUAGCGAAUAUUGCAAAUGCCCUAGCAAGCGUCCCAAAGUUCUAUGUUCAGGUGUUGCAUUUAAUGAACAAAAUGAAUCUCCCGGCUCCUUUUGGACAUCUUACUGCACAGCCUCCUCUGUAUGCAGAUCACUUUGGUGUGCCAACACCAUACCCACCAGUCCCACCUGACCUUCCGGAGAACCCUCCACUACCAGAGCUGGAUGAUGACUAUGAUAUGGAUGUGUCAAGCAGAGAAGAGUCGGAGUAUGAAAGUGGAGAUGACGAAGAAAAAGAGAGGAUUACCCGUCUGAUGUCUGAGUUGGCAGAUAUGCUGCCCAAGAGACCAAGUCAGAAGAAACAACCACGUCCUCGAAAAAAGAUGAAGAUUAAGGACCUUAUGAGCACGCGUGCUGCACCCCUACAUGCACAUGCACCUCUGUUACCAUCUGAGGUGUUUGAACAGCCAUGUAUCGUAGGUCCUAAAAAAAUGGAAUUCCACAUUCCCGCAGACGUACCCAUGGCUGCUAAUGCUCCUGUUCCACGGGUAGAAUCAAGGACUGCUUUAAAAGAAAGUGAGGAGAUUCUAGGAUUUGGAAAGAUUUAUCCCACCCAAGUCUCCAAGGAAAAUGAUAAUGAUGAUGAAGAGGAGGAAGAUGAUUUGCCAAAAGAAUUCAUUUCCAGGAGGGAAUUGGAGAAAAAAAGAAUUUCAAAAGAAGAAAUGCGCCAGCUUUCUGUGUUCAAGGGCUAUGAGCCAGGAGAGCCAAACUGCAGACUCUAUGUGAAAAAUUUAGCGAAACAAGUAACUGAGAAGGAACUUAAGUUUAUAUUUGGGAAAUUUGUCAGCUUUUUGUCUGAAACAGAAAAGAACAUGUUUGACGUUCGUUUGAUGAAGGAAGGGAGGAUGAAGGGACAAGCUUUUAUCGGCUUUCCCAAUGAAGAUGCUGCAGCAAAAGCCUUAAAACAUGCCCAUGGAUAUGUUCUUUUUGACAAGCCAAUGGUCAUUCAAUUUGCACGAUCGGCUCGUCCCAAACCUAAUGCUAAUAAAACAGCAGCCAAAAGAUAGCAGUCAAGAUGACCAUGAAACUACUGUUUGGGCAUUCAAAGUGUAUCCUUUCCUGUUGUAUCCUUUUUAAUGUAUUUCAUUCCCAACUAGGAUAAAGAAGUAAGCUUCCUUAUGAUUUUAUUUACUUCUAGCACAUUUUCUGUUAAGUUUUAAUGCUUCAUAGCAAUGUU